GAAGACAAAAUGCUGAGCUCCCUGAACACCAAUAACGUGACAUAUCUGAACCCUGGAACUGUAAUAUUGAUUGGAAUUCCUGGACUAGAGCAUGCNCAGUUUUGGAUUGGAUUUCCAUUCUUUACAGUGUGUCUGGUGGCUCUUNUGGGAAAUAUCNUUUUAUUAAUCAUCAUCCCAGCCGAGCGUAGCUUGCAUCAACCCAUGUACAUCUUCNUGGCUGUGNUGGCAGCUACAGACAUAGGACUUUGUGCAGCCAUUGCCCCCAAAAUGUUGGCCAUAUUUUGGUUCAGGGCUUAUUCCAUGGCCUUUGAUGCCUGCCUAGCCCAGCUGUUCUUCAUUCAUACCCUGCAGGGCAUGGAGUCAGGCAUUCUAUUGGCAAUGGCUUUUGAUCGAUUCAUUGCCAUCUGUGAUCCUCUGAGGCACACAUCUAUCCUUACACCUUCAAUUCUAGGUCGGAUGAUAGUGGUGGUGGUAAUUCGAGCAGUAGUGCUUGUAGGCCUGUUACCGAUUCUAAUAAAAAGACUGCACCAUUUUCGGUCCAUUCAAAUUUCCCACUCUUACUGUGAACACAUGGCUGUGGUGAAGCUGGCAGCAGAUGAUGUACAGGUCAAUAAGAUAUGUGGUCUCUUUGUGGGGUUUAGUAUUCUGGGAUUUGACAUGGUUUUUAUCCUCAUAUCNUAUGCNCUGAUUUUCCANGCUGUUUUUNGNCUNCAACAGAAGGAGGCACGGCUCAAAGCCUUUAACACCUGCACAGCUCAUAUUUUUGUCUUUCUAGAGUUUUAUAUUCUUGCCUUUUUCUCCUUUUUCAGUCACCGUUUUGGUCAUGUUGUUCCCUCCACUCACAUUCUUCUGUCAACCAUCUACCUCCUCUUGCCUCCUGCUCUCAACCCUAUUGUCUAUGGAGUGAAAAACAUGGUCAUUCGAAAGAGGGUGACACAGAUCUUUCUUCUAGAUCGUGGAUGCCAGUAGGGAUUGCCAAACACUUUCUGACUUAACAUAGAAAGCUGUUACCUUUUAGAAAUUGGUAAGGUUUGUGCUC